GAGAGGAAAGUUAUAAGAAGGGAGUUGUAGAGCGUUGGCGAAUAUGGACAACAGCAGACAGAGUGGUUCAGUCAUCUACUGAAAAGUACUCAUUGGUCACUCUUCCAGAGAGGUGGCCCUGAGCAUGAGAGGUGAAGGGCCUUAGCUGUCUGACCCUUCUUUUUCCAGCCCAACAGCCAGGUGAGAGGAAGAAACAAGGAAAACCUCAAGGAUUCUGAUUUUGGGACCCAUCUUUUCAGGGCUGGGUUGGGGCCCCAGCAUCUGGGUCCAGGACCAUGUCUGCUAAAAAGGACUGGUGGGUGCCACCUGAAGGUGAGGGCGAGGGGAGCGUCUCUGAGAAGCUACUGAGGAAAUCCAAGGAGUCACCACUGGUACCUGUGGGCCUAGGGGGCUGUCUGGUGGUGACAGCUUAUGGCAUUUACCGGCUAAAGGCCCGAGGCCCUCUCAAGAUGUCUCUACACCUGAUUCACACUCGAGUGGCAGCUCAGGCCUGUGCUGUGGGAGCCAUCAUGUUAGGUGCAGUGUACACCAUGUACUGUGACUACAUCAAGAGGCCAGCACAUGAUGCUGAGGAGAAGUAGGAGCUGUACGGAGGCUGGGACAGUCAGACUCCUUCAGAGGAGUCCCUUGUAUGCUUCCUUAUAAUAAAGUGAUUCUGAGGAUAA